CUGUGAAAAUGAAAAAUUUUCGAAAAACGUCAAGUUAUCAAUAAAAAACAAAAAUAAAGAUCUAAAGAGUAAUUGAAUUUUCCAAUUUUCAUUACAUUUUAAACGUUAUAUCAAAAGAUUCGAACCGUGAGCAUGAAGAAAAAACGUUGGAAAAUAAUACAAUCUAAUCUAUACGAUGGCGCCAGUCAUACGGUUUCUACAUUAACAUAGCUAUUAAUAAAUAAUAGGUAUGCUAAUAUAUUUUCUAAAUAAUAUUAUCUAAAAAUAAAUUAUUCAAAUAAUUAGUCUAGACAUGAUAAAUAAAUAUAAUGUUAAAAAAAAAAAUAAGUAUUAAAAGUGGAAUAAAUUAAUCCUUAAAUCUUCUUUUAAAUUUCCUUAAUAUCAGUAAUAUACAUCCGGUCGCGGCAACACUACGACUUUCCUUAUACUUCAUUCAUCGAAGCACUCAGUGGCCUUUGAAGGUUGUUCAGUGAAAAACGAAUGGCAAGACUUGAGAGCUGUACCCAUGGCUACGUAAUGUAACAACACCAGCUAAGACUCGAGACCGGAGACCAAGACAUUUCAACCAACCUUAUCUUAUAAUACAUAUAUAUAUAUGUAUGCAUGUAUGUGGUAUAUUGUAAUAUGUAUAAAUGUACAUGUAAGAUUGGAUUCCAGCCGUUGCAAAUUCCUUUCUAAGAAAUUUAACGCUCAAUACCUCAACGCAAUCUUCGUUGCAAUUCCAACUUAGUACUUGGGUUUAAGUAUAUAUCCUAAUAGAGAAUGUAAUCGUUUUGUAUAUGGAAGAAAAAUCCUUUUUUUUUUUAAGUACAAGGUAAAUGUUAUCUACGGAAUUGAUAUUGCGUUUUUUUUUAUUCAGAGAUGAGAGAUUAAUUUUUUUUACACAUCUAACUUGCAUAUGGCAAUAGUACAUAUAUUUUGAUUGUGCAUUAAGUAUAAAGAAUAUUGUAUGAGGUAUGUACGGAUGUACAAGAUGUAUAUGGGAUAUAUUAUCGGGGAUAAAAGAGUAUCAAGUAGAAUGAGAUGCUAUCCUGAGAACUUGGAUGUCAGUGACCGCUACGAUCAUUUAUGUAGUGUAGUGUAUUUCGUACUAUACAUAUGUAUGUAUGCAUGCAUAUACGUAUACAUACAUACAUACAUUGUACAUCGGUAUUCUGUGCGACUUUCACUUCGCACGUCCUACGUCUUCCCCGCGGAAUCUCGAACUGUAUGAUUCAUCCGAAUGUGAUUCACUGUAUUGGAAAUCCCCUGAAAAACUUUUUUCAUCAUUAGAUAAUGUUAACAAGUUUUUACAAUUAAAAGUAUAUACUUUGCCCUUAUAUAUUUGCUUAUACUUUAUCUUUACAAUGAACUCCAUCAUUUUUAUUAUUAAACUUAAUAAUUGAGAAUUGGUCAAACAAUUAACAAUUUGCUGAACCAGUUCAGAUUAAAUUGGCUUAGUUGAUAUAAAAGUUGUUUAAAGUAUAUACUUUAAUUAAAUAUUUAUCACUUAUCAUGGGUCAAUAAAUUAUUACUAAAUUAAUCCAAUCUAUUUAAAAAAAGUGCAGUCAUGUGAAUCAACAAAUAAAUGCAUCUCUAAACAGUCAAAUUCUAUAAAAAUAAAUAACAAUAAAAAUGAACGUAAUACUUAAUUACAUGAAUUAGUGAUAAAAAUAAAUAAUAAAAAUAAAAGCAGGAAAUAGGUGAGUAUACAUAUACAAGAUUGCAUAAAUAUCCCGGAGAUAAAUAUACCAUUUUCUACUUAUAGCCCAAGAGUUUUUUAAACUUGUCUCGGUUGAUUGUCGAGUAUCCGGCUGUAGAACAAUCAUGAAUGUACUACUCUACACGCAGCCCGUGCGGUGGUAGUGGCGGCGAGACUGGCCAGCCAAGAGAAUGCAUGAAAGUGCAGUGACGGGGCAAAGAGGCGAACAAAUAACUCGGCUCCUUGAAUGAAACUCUCCUUCAGGCUCCAGGCUACAUGUAGAUGUGACUUUUUGCUUUGCUUAUUCCAUCCAUUUGUUAAAAAAUACAUUUCAUAUAUACAUACAUAUACAUACACAAUUUAAAACUAACAGUACAGGUUAUUGUACGUACUACUUGCAACACAUACAACUACGUACUCCAUACACUCACAAUCAAAGAAAACACCGUGUGAGGCGCCUCCAACCUCGUAAUAUCAAAUAAUAGUACAAAAGCACAUAAAAUCACUGUGUGUGGUAUCAAGUAUUUAUAUAUGUAGUGAUAUUUUAUGUAUGUAUAUACAUAUAUAACAACAUUGAAAAUUACCCUUUAGUAUAACCUAUAACUUUGAAGAUCCAUACAUACAUACAUACAUAUGGAUUUAAAUUGUCCUGUAGCGCAACGAAUAACACAUUUGAAUAAAUUCACACCCGUUUCAUACAUCCAUACAUACAUAUAUUUAAAUUGUCCUGUGGCGCAACGAAUAACACACAUUUAAAUACAUACGUACAUUUAUUAAAUUGUCCUGUAGCGCAAUAGAUAACGCAUUUCUGUGUACAUGUACAUAAAUAUAUAAGAAAAUGUAAGUAAAGGUAUAAACAGUAUAAGUAAGAAUACAUUACCAGCAAGUCCGACAUAUAUACACAGUUUAAGAAGAAGUAGGGAUGAAACCUGAAUGAUCCAUAGAACCUGAUGUAGUUGUGUAGUCUACGUCAGUGCGGCAGAGGGAGUAUGAGCCUACAGCAGCAGCAGCAGCGGUGGCGGCGGCAUCAACAGCAGCAGCAAUAGCAACAGUCAGAGCCAGCUUGUUGGUAAGAGAGACUUGUAGACGGUGGGAAACGGUGACUUGGUGGGGGUUACUGCUUCGGAAAUGGCCGCGGGAAAGUAGAGAGCGGUGAGCGAAAAAAAAAAUAGUUUUUUUUUAUUAUUUUUUCCUCCACAUUAUUCACUGUGUGAGCAUAAUCUCCUCGUGAGCAGGCGGUUUUUCGCCGGGAUGCUGCGGUACUGGCGGCUGCUCUGAGCUCUCAGGAAAGGAAUACUGAAGAAGUGAACAAGUACUUGCAAUAUUUGUGUAUGUGUAUAUAUAUAUAUAUAUAUAUAUAUAUAUAUAUAUGUAUAUGUGUGUAUACACUGGACACGAGAAAGAGAAGAUAAGUCAGACGUAGAGCACAAGUUGCGAUAUCUGAAGCUCCAGGGUGAAGGGUUUUCUGUGUUGUGUGUGAUCGUGUCGUAUUAAAUUUUCCCACAGUCAGCCAACGGUUUGACGGUUCGCUUACGACUUCCUGGACGUAUCGUGGGCAACUUUUUAUUUAUUUAUUUUUUUAAUUACCUGACAAGAUCUAGUUCUGGUUAGACGACAGUUACUAAGGUGUCUACUUGUACUGUUCUGUUUAGUUUAGUUUUACAAUUAUAAUUUAAAUAAUUACUGUAUUUUGGAGUAAGUUGUAUCAAGAGAUGGCCGGUGACAGUACGACGAACAAUGAAAUUGGAGAGGGGGACGAGCAGGGUGCGUCAGCAAGGGGGGAACGGCAUUCCAGAGUGGGCGGCAUUCUGGAAUGUGAUCCCCCCGGUAACAGGAAUUCACUGAGUAUGAGCGACCAAGCCAACGAGAACACCGACGACGACGGUGUUUGUCGCUAUGGUGCUAGUCCAGCUAAUUCAGAGAUGUCUUUCAUCGAAAUUUGCCAGAUCCGACUACAAAAUUUCUUUCCCCAUUUCGCACCACCUUCAUCACGAUAUGGGAUUUGUGAUGACUCUGUUGAAUUGACGGCAGAAGUAUUGGCAAAUGACGUGAUAAGAUAUUUACUUAAAGAAGACAUGUACCUAAUAUCACAAGAUUCAAUAUCACGUAGUAUGCGUCAUAAUGUCUAUCAAAUGUUAAAUAAACACAGUAUCCUAUUUACAAGUAUGGUGAAUCGGCUUAAUGUCGUACCUGACACAGCAUACGAGGCUUUCACGGGAGUUGCUGAUGAACUAUUUCUUCAUGGUGAAAUAACAUGGGCCAAAAUAGUCUGUUUGUAUGCAUUUAUGGGAAGACUGGCACUGUGGGCCAGAGAUGGUAGGAUGCAUGCUUUGAAACAAAAACUACCACUUUAUGUGUCGAGGUAUAUCGGUGAAGCGAUUGCACAUUUCAUAAAAGGCUAUGGAGGAUGGGAACAAUUGUGUAUAGAGUAUCCAGUUGCUGAAGAAGUUAGUGGUGCAGUGUGGAGAAGUCUUCUUAUGACUGGAGCAACACUUAGUCUGGUCGCUACUAUUUUAACUGUCACGGCUUGAAGAUAGUCCGAUGAUUAUAGAUCUUUAUUGUAUUCUAGAGGUUUGUAGAGUGUGAAAUUAUUAUUUUCAUUUCUUUUUUUUAAUAGUUUUCUUUGGUAUUCAUAACUUAAAGGUAUAAAAUUACCGAUUUUCAUUUUAGAGUUUUAUAUAUCAAUUUGAAUUUUAAAUUUAUGGCGGGUUAUUUAAUUUAAAGAGAAAAUUGAUUGAUUUUAAAAAAUAAGGACAAGAAGACUGAGGGUGAUUUUAGUUUUUUUUAAAGCUUAUUUUGUAAGAAAUAUUUUUAUAUAGUCGACUACCCGUCAUAAGCCUGGUCUAGGGGACGGGGAAAUUUUUAUUGAAAUUUCAGUCUCCCCACUACCGGGUGUUUAGUUUUGUUCUCAACUACUCGUUAUAAGCCUGUUUUAUUUAAUAUCAUUUUAAAUGUCAUAUUUACGUUUUGUUACAUACGUCAGUAUCCCGAUUUUUCUAGUGCUUAUGGCGCUAAAAUAAAUACUUAUCUUUUUACACUAAUAAUAAUUUUAAUGGAAAAAAUUAUAAUGACAACAGUAUUAAUUACAGUAAUAAUAAUAAUAAUAAUUGUUAUUGAUCAGCAUAAUGCUCAAUAAAACUUUUAAAUUGUAACAGAAGCUUUAAUUGUAAUUAAUCAUUACAAUUAUCAACAAUAAAUUAUAUUUUACUUAAUAUUUAUUAAAUUAUUAUCCGCGAAAGAUCAAUAGUAAAUUUUCAUCAUUAAUUUUGAUAUUUUGUUCCUAUUGUUAGUUUAUAAUUUAGAGAAUUUUAACGGAGGCUUAUAGCGGGAUGUCUGGUACGAAACUCAAAAAAGUGGUUAAGUGGGAAGCUGUUUGAAUUCAGUAUCUGCCGAUUGAGGAGAAUAUGCUUAUAACGGGUUGUCGACUGUAGUUGAUUUUGGUAGCUUAUUUAUUAAUAGAUUGAUAAAGAAUUUUAAAUGGAAGUUUUAAAAUUUAAAAUUAGAGUGAGCAGCUUUUUAUUUUUAAAUGUCAAUCAUUUGAUGUCUUUGUUAGAUUUUUAUAAUCAAACUUUAUUUUUAAAUUUUCUUUGUCUACUUGUUUUUUGGUUGCUACGCAAACAUCGGAAAAAGAUUUUUUUUUACAAAUGAAAGUUUAAAUUUAAAAACUCACAAACCUCUGAAUGUUGAUAACUAAACAAAAUAAUUCAGUAGUUAUUUUUCAAACUAAAAAUAAUAAAUUGUCAAAUUCAUAGAUUAUCACUAUGUAAUAUAAUCAUUGGGCUUUACCGUUUUAUAAAAUUAACGUAAGGUUAAAAUAAUCUAUUUAAUAAUUAAACUAAUCAAAAAUAAAAAAAAAAAAAGUAAAGAUGACAAAUUAAUGGCGUACUUAUAUUCUGUGAUGAUAUUCUAAAAACACAAAACGAAUACAAAUAGCGUAAAAAUAAACAGUUAUAUACGUAAUUUUUUAUACAAACGAAAAACUAAAUAAAUAUAGAAUAUAAUGAAAAUCACAUUUGUAACUUUAACUUUUGUCAUGACGACAAACGAAAAAUUCAAGUGCAUAAUUUAUAAUGAAAAAAAAAAAAAAAAAAUAUUUAAAGUA